AUGGGAAGUGAGAGAGGGAGGGAGAUGCGGGAGAGAGGUGAGGAAUCCCCCCAAGAUUCUUGUUUUCUCUCCCCUCUCAAAACCCUCUUCGCUUCAUUCAAAAUUCUACUCAGAAAUCCUAAAGUUUUUGUUUCCAUAUUUGCCCUCGCCACUCUCCCGCUUUCCCUCCUCCUCUUCUCCCUAUCUCUUUCCUCCCACCCAAUCAAAUCCCAAAUCUACCAUCUGGAGGCAGUGGCUGCCCUCUCCCCAACACGCUUCGAGGCUCGCCAUGUCUGGAAGGAGUCACGUGCCUACGCCAUCUCCCUCGUUCGCCUCAACGCCCUCUUCUUCUUCCCAUGCUACGCCCUCUCCCUCCUCGCCGCCAUAACCGCCGUCCACUCCACCGGCCUCUCCUGCAACGGAAAGCGCCCCACUCUUGACACGGCGCUCACGGCCGUCAGGACCACAUGGAAGAAACCCUUGGUCACCACCAUCUGUGUCUACGCCGUCAUGCUGGUGUACGUGCUCCUCCAGCGCACAUUAGUCGCGGCCGCCGCCGAGGCCGGUGGUCUGGGUCCGGUGGCGGUGGCGCUUGUGGGGUUGGGUGUGGAGGUGUACCUGAUGGCGGUGCUGAGCCUGGGAGUGGUGGUUUCUGUGAUGGAGGAGCGAUGGGGGUGGGAUGCGAUUGGGAGCGGGUGGGGUUUGAUGGAGGGGAGGAGGUUUAGCGGGUGGGUAUUGUCGGGAAUCCUAGUGUUGGGGUCGGGUUGUAUUGGGUGGGAGAUGGAGGAGACGAUGGAGGGCGGAGAUUGGUGGAGUGUGCGUGGAUGGAGGGUGAUGGGGUUUGGGAAUAAACUGUGGUUGGUGUGUCUGUUUGGGGUGGUUGUGCUGUGGAGUUAUGUUGUGAAUACAGUUUUUACUGCGAGUGUAGAAGACGGCAGCAGGUGA